AUGCCUCCAGCCUACACAGCCUCCCAAAAAGCGGCCAUCCAGAGCUUUGUCGACUUCACCAACACAGAUCGCACAACCGCAGGAAAAGUCUUGCGUCAACAUGGAUGGAACGUCCAGGUAGCAACGAACGCAUUCUUCCAGUCGGGCUCCAGCGGUGGCGGCAACACUGCCAGCAAAAGCACACUCAACAAACUCUUCGACAAGUACCGCGACGAUGUGGCCAACGAGCCUGAUGAGAUCAACAUUGAAGGCACCAUGAAAUUGCUCGAGGACAUCGACCUCAGCCCUGACGACGUUGGCACUCUGAUCUUUUCUGAAAUGGUCAAGUCGCCCACUCUUGGAAAGCUCACGCGCACCGAGUUUGUCGACAGUCUUGCUGCCCUCGGUGUCAACGAUAUUACCAAGAUGCGCGACAUGGUGCAGCAGAGACGUGCCAACCUCAGCGAUCCGUCGUUCCGUCCCACGUUCAAGUCCAUCUACAAGCACACGUUCAUACUCGCACGUCAAUCUGGACAAAAGGCAGUCGCACUCGAGGCUGCUACGGAAUACUGGCGCCUGCUCUUGACCAGCCCUUCGCUCGAGUGGUCAUCGCCCAACACACCUUGGCUCGAGUGGUGGUUAGAGUUUCUCAGCGAAAAGUACAAGAAGAGCGUGAACAAGGACAUGUGGGACCAGACUCUGGUGUUCGCCGAGAAGACACUUGGCGACGAGCAACUCAGCUUCUGGAGCGAGGACUCUGCCUGGCCUGGUGUGAUUGACGAGUUUGUCGAGUACGUCAAGACGGACAAGCGUGCAGGUCAAGGUGGUGAUGCCAUGGAGGUUGAGUGA